AUGUCUGAAGAAAGACAAAAAUUAUUAGAACAGAAAAGACAACGACUACUUGAAUUAAAACAAAGAAGAUCUGCUAAUGCUAAUUUAAUUAAUGAUGUUGUUAAACCAACAAAACAAAGUAUUGAUGUUUCAACUCAGACAAUACCAAUAAUAAUUUCAAACACACCACUUAAAGAGGAAAUAACUAGUGUAGUCACACCAGCAAUAGAAGAAAAACAAUUGAAUACUUAUGAUGUUGGUAUUCAAACCACUACCCAAGUAGAAGAAGAACCCAAAGUAAUAGAGCCUCAAGUACAACCAGAAUUCAUAAAUAAAUUAGAUAUAUCAUCAACAGAAUUAAACCAAUCAAUUAUCGAAUCUAUAAAGUUAAUAAAUAAACUACAAAUAACUAAAACAAUUGAUUUAAAAGAAAUCAAAGAAAAGGCAAAAAUCAAUACAAAUUUCAUAGAAUCUUCAUUUUCCUUUAAAUUUGAAAGACCAAUUGCAUCAGUUGAUUUGAUUGAUUCAUCAGUGGUUGUAUGUUUUGAAAAAUCCUUUGAGUAUGAUCAUGAUGCUAUAGUCUAUCACAUAGAAGAUGAAAAUCUUAUACCAACUAAUUAUUUAUCUUGUAUACCAGCAAUCACCACUAUACAAUUUGACAAAUUCAGUAAAAACAAAAUAUUAGGUUUUUCAAUUAAUGAUAAAUUUUGUAUAUGGGAACUAGAACCGAAUACAUUAAUUCAAAAUCCUACUUUAAUUACAAACUCAAGCUUUUUUACAAGACCUAAAAAUUGGUUUUCUCAUAAUGACUCAAUUAUACUAAUAAAACAGCUUAAAUUAGAUACUAAUGAAUGUAUACUAACGUUGUCAAAAAAUUUCAUACUAAAUAUAUGGUCAAUGAAUUUAUUAAGUUCACCUAAGUACUCGUUUAAUCUUAAUCAAGCUGAUGAGUUGAAAAAGGAAAAACUACAGAGAAUUAAAGAUGCAAUGUAUGUCGGUAAUGAUGAACUCGUAGGUGAGAUUACUUUAAAUGUGUUUAAAUUGGUGAUUCUAGGAAUUAAUAAUAAAAUGUAUAAUGAAACACUAUCAAUUAUUCAUGAAGAUCCAAAAAGUUUAUUGACAGUAUCUAUGAUUAGUCUAAGUCAAGGGUAUAUACUUACGGCUCAUUUAGAUUGGACUUUAAAAAUAUGGAGAAAAGGUGACAAUGAACCAUUUAAAGAAGUGAACUUCUCAAAAAAGAUUAUAAAACUAAUUGAGAGACCAAAUUUUGAGUUUCAAUUUAUAACGCUAAGUGAGUAUCAAAACAAAUAUUACAUUGAACUUUGGGAUCUAACAAAACAACUAUAUUCACCAAUCAUCAAAAUCAUCGAACAAAAUGAACCUAUAAAAUUUGCACAAUUCAACGAUCCGAACAAAUUGGUAAUUGCCAAAACCAAAGAAUUUUUCAUUUAUAAUAUAAAUACAGAUUUUAAAUUUGUUAUGGAUGAAAAUACAUAUGAUAAAGGAUUAUUCAAUUAA